AUGGCAGGGAUUGGAUCAGGGUUCGUUCCGACGUAUACGUUACGUAGCGCUCGUGGCAGUUUCGGCGAAACAAAGUCUUUAUCGCAACCGGCGAGAACCCGGGGACACCAGCGGUUAACUUUCGUGUCGAACGCGCGCCGGCGUUGCCAACUGGUCGCGAGUGCAGCCGAGGAGCGCCCGGAACGAUCUCAAACGCAGAGCGAAAUAGACUUUGCGAAACUUCAAUUUUCGGAAGGUAAUGAGUUGAGUGGUAUGGUGUUCAAACCGGAUGCGGAAUUAGCAAAGGCUGGGCCCGAUGAGUCCCGUGCGCGACUCGCAUACUCGAAUGCAUGCGAGGAGGCGAUUAACAGCCAGAUUAACGUGGAGUUCACCGCCUUUUACGUAUACUAUGCUUUGCACGCAUACUUUGAUCGGGAUACGGUCGCGCUCCCAGGUUUUGCGGACUAUUUCCGAAAGCAAGCGGAGGAGGAACGCGACCACGCUGUGAAACUCAUGCACUAUCAAAACAAACGCGGUGGGCGCGUUCACCUGAAGCCGAUCGCGGUUCCAGCAUUGCACUUCCAUAACGAGGAGAACUCGGAUGCGAUUUAUGCAAUGGAACUUGCGUUGCAACUUGAGAAAUACGUGCAAAUGAAGCUCAUGGAAGUUUGGAAAGUGGCUGAUCGCGAGCGCGAUGCGAAUAUGACGGAUUUUAUCGAGGAUUUCCUCGACAUGCAAGUCGAAUCGAUCAAAGAGAUUUCAGAUUAUGUUGCUCAGUUGAAACGUGUUGGAACUGGUCAUGGCGUGUAUCACUUUGAUCGAGUGCUCGCUGACAAGUGA